GGGCAUGGAUGACAGCUGGUGCUACACUUGAUGACUCGUAGAGACGAAUUUAAUGAUGAUUUCUGCCAUCGUGCACAAAUUUUAAAUACCGUGCCGAGUGUGCCGUAGAUCUGCUUCGUAGUGUUGCACAGCAUUCCGCUGCAACAUGUUAUGCAGGACGGCGAUGCGCGAUGAUGGCGGUGAGGCUGAAGAGGCUGGUUGGGGCGGAAACCACAGCAGCGGAAAAACAGCGACGUCAUCCGAUCAAUGCCUGCGACUUCUCCAGGAUUUCUCCCUCAUCAACCUCCUCAUCCGAACAACCUCGCCAAUUGCCUCUCUACCACCACAACACCCCUCACAUUCACUCAAUACACCAACCCAUAACCCAGGGAACCUCUUCACCCACGAGCGCAACAACCAACAAUGCCAUCCCCCGACCCUCCAACCACAACACCACCACAACCACAACCACAACCACAACCACAACCACGAGCCUUCCACCCCCCAACCACCGCCCUGCUCAUCUACCCAGCAACCCUUCUGAUCGGCUCCCUCUUCUCCGUCCUCUCCCCAACCGCCCAAGGAACCCGCGACCACGCCCUCGACCCCCACGCCCACCCAUUCACCACACCCGGUACCCCCCUCGCCCCAUCUCCCCCGGUCCCUCACCCAGUCAACUACUUCGCCCGCAAAGACAACCUCUUCAACAUCUACUUCGUGAAAAUCGGGUGGCUGUGGACGACCCUCGCCUUCGCGCUGCUUCUGCUCUCCCAGCCCGCCUACACCGCGUUCGCCAGCCAACACGCCCGCAUCCGCCGCACCGGCCAGGCGCUCCUGCGCUAUGUCCUCGCCACGACCGUGUGGUAUCUCACCACGCAGUGGUUCUUUGGGCCGCCUGUGAUUGAUCGCAGCUUUGUCUUGACGGGGGGGAAGUGCGAGAGGGUUGUUCCGGUUGUUGAGAGCAGUGUACACGGGGAGGGGGAGGAUGUGGGUGUCAAGACCCUGCUUACGGCUGUGGCGUGUAAGUCUGCCGGUGGGGCGUGGAGGGGCGGUCAUGAUGUGAGUGGGCAUGUGUUUUUGCUUGUGUUGGCCGUUUCGCUGGUUGUUUUUGAGGGGGUUGGGGCGGCCAGGGGGGGUGGUGGUGGGAGUGAGAAGGGGGAAGGGAAGGAGAGGGAGGAGGAGGUGGAGGGUGGGGGGUUGCAUGGGUUGAAGGUUUGGUGUGCGAGGUUUGCCUGGGCUGUUGCUGGCUUGGGUUGGUGGAUGUUGCUUAUGACUGCUAUUUGGUUUCAUACUUGGUUUGAGAAGUUUACCGGCCUGUUGAUCGCCCUCGCCACCGUGUAUACGAUCUACAUUCUUCCCCGGCGAGUCAUCCCGUGGCGCGAUAUCGUCGGCCUACCGGGCGUAUAACCGAGACGGACCAUUAUUAUUUUUUUUUUCUGGGUUUGAUUUCCAUGGCGUUGAUAUACAGGGGGCAUCUCUGCUCUGAUCUGUCUGCAUUA